UUCUGGCCCCGCCUACCCGGAAGUUCCUCGUCCCGCUCAGAACUUCUUCAGAAGUCGACUGGUUUCAUUUACAUCCUACCGAUCCGCCGGAACGACCCGCGAGCCCACUUCCAUUCACAGGAGCGUCAGAGAAGCAGCAGAAUGUGGAAUGAAAAGAAACCGAGUCCCCCUCCUUCUGACCGGGGUCAGGCUGUAGCCGUUGUCGUCUUUGUUCUGGGGGUAGAAACUCUGCUGCCCUGGAACUUCUUCAUAACGGAUUCACAGUAUUUCAACGAUCGCCUGAGAGAGUCUAACGCCACUGCUAUCACCAAAGAAUAUAAUUUUGGCAACUGGAUGGCGUUGCUUUCCCAGCUGCCUCUGCUGCUCUUCACUCUGCUCAACUCAUUCCUGUACCAGAGGGUGACGGAGCGUCUUCGUGUGGCCUUCAGCCUGGUCUUCAUCUUCCUCUUAUUCUCCCUUACUGCUGUGUUGGUGGUGAUCCCCAUGCAGCCAGACACUUUCUUUUCAGUCACCAUGGCAACCAUCUGGUUCAUCAACAUGUUCAGUGCGGUGCUGCAGGGCAGUCUCUUUGGCGUGGUCGGCCUGCUUCCUCCUCGGUACAGCACUCUGUUCAUGAGCGGCCAGGGUCUGGCUGGGAUGUUUGCAGCCAUCGCCAGGCUCUGCUCCAUCCUAAGUGAACCUGACAGAAAGUCAGCUGCAUUGGGAUACUUCAUCACUCCAUGUGUGGCCACACUGGUGACUCUGUUCUGCUAUCUGCUGCUACCGCACCUGGAGUUUGCCCGUUUUUACUUGAGCAGAAGUCAGCCUGCUAACGCAGACGCAUCCCAUGAUCUCCUUGGCAGUGCAGGUGAAAAGGCCCUAAAUGGUAAAAAGAAAGACCUGGAGCCAAUCGAUAAGAUCAGCGGUGACCUAGACGAGAGUCAGGAAUGCUCUUCUGUCCUGGCUGUCUUUAAAAAGAUCUGGCUGAUGGCUGCGUGUGUGACGUGUGUGUUUGCUGUCACGCUCUCGGUCUUUCCCGUCAUCACAGCCAAGGUGAAAACAGUCUACGAAGAGAAGGCUGACUGGGACAAAGUGUUCUCAUGUGUGUGCUGCUUUGUUGUUUUUAACGUCAUGGACUUCAUCGGUCGCAGCGCUCCGUCUCUCAUCCAGUGGCCAUCCAAAGACAGCCGCCUGCUUCCUGCUGCCGUGCUGUCCCGCGUUGUCUUCAUCCCUCUGUUCUUGAUGUGUAACAUCCCGGACUCCAAGCUCACCCCUCUCCUCAGACCUGACUGGUGCUUCGUGAUCACCAUGGCUCUGUUUUCCUUCUCUAAUGGGUACCUGGCAAGCCUGUGCAUGGCCUACGCUCCACAGUUGGUGCGGUUUAGGGACUGUGAGACGGCCGGAUCUCUGAUGACCUCCUUCCUGGUUCUGGGGCUGGCUGUGGGAGCAUCCUUCUCCUUCCUGCUGCGAGUACUGGUUUAGACCUCAUGCAGCCUCUGACCAGCGGGGGGCUACCUCUGAUUUAAAUGAAAUGUAACUUUUAUUGGGUUGUCAUACUGUAUAUUUUAUUGUAGUGAUUAAAUCCUGACGUACAGCUUUUUAUGUUUGUAAUCUUUAGAAUGAACUGUAAUAUCAUUAUUUUGUUAAAUUGUCACCAUUAAAGCUUGCAGACGAUUCGGUCCUUCAGAACUGAAAUCUGGCAUCAACAGUGAAGUGACAGAUCUGCAGAACAUAUCCUCUCAGGUGGGACUUGUGUUCCAGAAGGAGUUUAUUGGUGCAGCUAAUAUUAGAUAUUGUUCCUUGAAUGUUUUUUGCUACAUGGUCAUCACACACACACACGGAUGGAUCUGAAUUCACAGACUUAUCUGUUUUGAAGUUUAUCCUCUUUUUUUGAAUUAUUUCUUUUAGUUCAUGGUUCUUAUUUAUUUUUGAUAUGCGGAACAUUCAUGUUUUAUGGUGUCUUUAAUUAUUUUCACUGUAGGGGUUGUUUGCGUCAGGUUUCUUGCUUAUUUAUGUUUUGUGCCGUUUGAAUGUUUUUAUAUGGUUUUUAACAAAUAAACUAGAGAAAUUGUGUUUUA